AGCAGCGCCAGCUGCACGUUCUCACGUCCAGUGUUUGACACAACACAGUCUGUUGGACUGAGCGAACGGAACGUACGCAGCGGUAAUGGCUGCCAGGGAGAAUAAGGAGGACAACAAAUGAACCGCCGAGAAGCGACUCAUAGUGAGGACUAGGAUGGUAAGCAGCCAGCCGAAGUACGAGCUAAUCCAGGAGGUGGGGCGCGGCAGUUAUGGCGUUGUCUAUGAAGCAGUGGUGAAGCGUACAGGGGCCCGGAUGGCAGUGAAGAAGAUCCGCUGCCACUCUCCAGAGAAUGUGGAGCUGGCCCUGCGGGAGUUCUGGGCUCUAAGCAGCAUCCAAAGCCAACACCCGAACGUCAUCCACCUCAAGGAGUGCAUCCUGCAGCGAGACCAGCUAGCCCAGAGGAUGAACCAUGGCUCCAACUCCCCUCUCUACCUUGAGCUGGUGGAAACGUCACUGAAGGGUGAGAUCACCUUUGACCCCUGUUGUGCCUACUACUUAUGGUUCGUCAUGGACUUUUGUGACGGGGGCGACAUGAACGCUUACUUACUGUCCCGUAAGCCCAGCCGCAAGACCAACACCAGCUUCAUGCUGCAGCUGGGCAGCGCCUUGGCCUUCCUGCACCGGAACCAGAUCAUACACCGCGACCUCAAACCAGACAAUAUCCUCAUCUCGCAGGCCUGCACUCCCGCCGGCUCAUCCGAACCCACCCUCAAAGUGGCCGACUUUGGGCUUAGCAAAGUCUGUUCCACCUCCGGGCUCAACCCAGAGGAACCGGCCAGUGUCAACAAGUGCUUCCUGUCCACAGCUUGUGGUACAGAUUUCUACAUGGCCCCAGAAGUCUGGGAGGGCCACUACACAGCCAAGGCAGACAUCUUCGCCCUGGGAGUGAUCAUCUGGGCCAUGGUGGAGCGCAUCACCUUUGUGGAUGUGGAAACUCAGAAGGAGCUCCUGGGGAGCUAUGUGCAGCAGGGCUCAGAGAUUGUACCUCUAGGGGAGGCCCUGUUGGAGAACCCAAAGAUGGAGCUGCUGAUCCCUGCCAGAAAAAAGAGCAUGAACAGCCACAUGAAACAGCUGAUCAGGGAGAUGCUGUCAGCCAACCCUCAAGAGCGGCCCGACGCCUUUGAACUGGAGCUGAGACUUGUCCGUAUUGCGUGUAGAGAGUUGGAUUGGGACACGUGAUGGAUGGACGAACGGCACCAUGAACUCCCAUCAAGCACAUGUCCACAUCUCAUCAGCUACCGACAACCCAGAUCUUCAUGUAAUGGAGACUGUCCGUAACUAGGGAGGAAUAAAUCAAACAGACAUUGGUUGUAUUGUGUAAACUUCAUUCACUGUCUAAGCACAUGUGGUCUUCUUCUAGCUGUCUUUAUAUGAAAGGAUCGAGGUGUGACACCCACAGCUGCUGCUGCUGCUCCAUUCUGCAGCUUAGUCUCAGGCCAUUCACGUCACAGCUAGCGCUUCCCCCUCACACAAUCACUUGAGCGCAAUGGAAGAAAUAAAUAUACCCAGAAGUCCUUCAUUCAAAGUCAAAGCAACAAUUUGUCUCCACAUACCAUCAUAAACUCGGUGCUAAUUGUUCCAAAAUGCAAUAUGAGACAUCGUCCUGUGAUUUUUUGUUUUGUUUUGUAUUUGCAGCAUACCUUUAUCCAAAGGGCCGAAAUGAAAACCCAGUCACCUCAAUAUGUGGAAUGUGCUUAGAAGCCAUUUCUGGUUUUACAGAAUUUACUGAAAAACUCAUGCAGCCUGGUCUUAACCACCAGCAUUAAUAUUCACAUCAAAAGCUGAGUGCAUUUUGGCAUCAAAUGCAGUUCUGCCCCAAAUGCUCAGGUAAUCAAAACAUUCAAAAUAUUUAGCAUGAUGGUAUUUGUAGACAAAUGUUCACUGUUGAUCACAGAUUUGGUUUUGUGGUUUUAGAAGGUAAUAAAUGCUGAACUUUGGUACGCAAAGAUCUUUUUUUUUCCUCUGCCAGGUGUUUUGUAGGUUUGGUCGGUGGAGAAUAUUUGUGUGCAUCCAGCAGGUACUUGUGGUUUGUGUUUUUUUCUCUUUUCUUACUUUCUUUUUCCUGACUUCCUGUCUCAAACUUCCAAGAAUAUGUCAACAAGUCCCAGAUCCAGACCUAACCAGCUGACCACAGUGUGUGAAGGUCAAGAUUUGCAACUUUUACUUAUGUGCUGCCUUAAACACAGAAACACUUAACAGUGAAGCACUUCACACACCUGAUGAGGCUGGGAUUAUCAAAGGAUCAUUUGAUUUUUAUUGCAAGUGGUUAUAGUUCUCUUGUGCUGAUAUAGCAUUGUGCUCAUCAAAGCCCCUCUAACAGGUUAAAAAGCUGCUAGCUUGGCACUGGACCGUUCAGUUAUAAGUUGAUUUAUUGUGUUGCAGAUGAACUUCCAAACAAUUUCUCAUUGCUAUCAACUUUGUUACUUUUCAUAUAUGUCUGUGUUUAAGACUCACAAAGUUCCAAUCAGAUGUUUGGUUCUGUAAGAAAACCUGCCAAAGACAUGAUUACAGUUAAUUUCAAGUUGAAUUGAUUUAAUUUCAGAGAAAGUGAGGUCAUUUUGACCUCUUGGAAUUCAGAGAACAUUUUGAAGGAUAAAAUCUUUGUUACUGAUGGCUGAUUUUAUGUUCAUAUUUGAAAUAAAUUCCUUUUGGCUGGCACUUAGAAAUAAAUGGAAUGAACUUAAUAUUUUACUUUACACUCAUACGCACGUUAUUUAGAUGUCAUCUGAGGCCACAGAAGACAUUGGACACUGUUAAAAUGAUUAAAAAUGUACAAGCAACAUUGAAAGGUGAAGUUCUAGGUUUUAAUAGAAUUAAACUUAAUUUUCUUUCAAAUGGAAAAAUUGGUGAUGAACUGUAUAUAUAGAUACAAAAGACAUACUAAAUGAAAAUUCUUUUAAAUACAUGGGCAUUUGAUAAUUAUGUCAAUGUUAUGUUUAAGUGAAAUUGGCUUAAGACCUAAUUGGCAUUAAACCUUUGAAAACGAUUUUGAAUAUCUGAAUUAUUUAGAGGAACUGACAUUUUUACACAAAAAAAAGAUAUCCAAACUAUAUAACAAAUGUUUCGGUUAUCUUUAUUGGAAUCAAACAAAGCUCCACCCUUCUGAAUGACAGCUUCCUCAGAACAGGGAGAAUAUCGCAAUAUUUUCAUGCCCAUGACAAAUUGCCCUACGAGCCCAGUAAAAAAUGAAGCAAUUCAGUGCAGAACACCUGAGCUGACCCAUGAUCCUUCAUAACACUGUUCCAGCAGUAAACACCGAAUCCAUUUAUUAAUUUAGGCCUUUGUUAAUUGGGUUUUCUUUAGAAGCGUUGACUUCUAACUUUGUGUCUUCACCUGUUUUGGGUUUUGAAAUGAAUCUCAUGAAUAUGUUGCUAUGUAGUUUCAUUAUUCUUUACAGUGAAACUUGACAUUUUUGGGCUGGAACCAUACUUGUUAACUGUUGUGUUUGAGCACUACAGGGCAGUUUUUGGGGCCUUGUGUUAAUUUUCACUCAUGUCCAUGGAGUUGCUUUAAAGAUUAAAUUAAAGUUUUGUCACACAACUAAUGAACAACAUCAUUUGACUGCUUACCCCAAACUGCCUUCACCUUCCUCUGUCCAAGUUCUGUCCCUUGUUUAUGGAGUUUCUUGUUUUGAUUGAUUGUUUAAGACCUGUAAUGUGUACCUGCUUAUGAACUGAGUUUUGAUAUUUAUUUCAAAACGGUAAAGAUACAAACGGUUGUCGAUUCCGAAUUACAAACUCAUUUUAUAUCCAGCAGCUCAAAGGUGGAUUGCAGCUUUAGUUCGUAUUCACUGUUCAGGUUUUGAUUAGGUGAAUGGGGAAAAUAACUCAUUUAUUUUUUUAAUUUAUUUGAGCAUCCCUUCAUGCAUUAAAAGGCAUUCCUACAUUUUUGUUGGAUCUGUGAAUAUGCACUUUGGUCCCCCUUCUACCCACAGCUCAUCUGCAGCUGCUCAGUUUUCUUUUGCAGUCUUACCAUUUGAGGAAGUAAACUGUCAUUAGUUAUAUCCUACAGUGCUUUUAGGGUUGUUAAAAAUAAGUCAAUGGAUCCCAGAAAGCCCUGAUUGAUUGGCAAAACUCAUGAUCUGACUGAAUUGUAUUAAUUAAAGUUGUCCUUUUCCUGCUUGUCACUAGUCCUGACGUGGGUUUGUUUUUCACAGUGUUAUCAAAACUCAUGAAAUUGACCUGUCUAAAACUAUGACAACUUGUCAAUGUUCUUUUUUUUUUUAAAGAGAAGGCCCCAAAUUGAACUGCACACUCAUAAUUUUCAAACCCAAACUUGUACCAGGGAGUGAUAAAUUAAAUGAAAGCACUUUUAUCUUUUUUUUUUUUUUUUGGUUUUAGUAUUCCUCCUAAUUAUCUACUGCAUAUUGUGGUGGAAUUUUGUGAGGCUGAAUUGGGUGUGAUAAGUGUUUGUAUUUGUUUACAAGGCUGAGCACAAUGUCAGUCAGUGGUCUUACUUAUGCAUGCGACACCUCUUACCUUCAGGGAAGACAUUAGCACAUGCCAUCCCCCUUGAGCUAGAGAAUCUCAGCUUUUUUGUUUGUGUUUGCUUUCUUUGACACAUAAUACCGUUGUGUUUAACUUGAUUUUGUCUUACUGUGUCACUGUUCCUCAUUUCCAUUGUCUCUGAAUUUUUUCAGUAAUCCAAUUGGUCAUGCUUGUGACAAGCUAAUUCUAAGCCUAUUAAGUUGUUGCAGAACUUGGCAGAGGGACCCUAUUUUCCUCUCACUGUGUAUUUUUUAACAAUUUUUUAAAAACAAGUAUCCAUAAAAUCCAAAUAAUCUUGGCUCCUUUGCUGUUCUUAAGCUUUGGUGGAAAAUUACAUUUCGCUCAACGUUUUUUUUGCCCAUCUAAAUUGUGACAUACUGUAAGAGAUGCCCUGUAAUGAUGCAAGUGAGAUGUGUUUUUACAUUUUGUUUUGACCUCUGAUAUUGCGAUCAAGUACAGAAUUUGUGUGAAGUUGUGGGUGAGAUGCACAACAUUUCUUGAACCCCUUGCACUUUGCUUUUGCUGUGAAUAGUAAUACCGCAAAAUCAGUAUUCUGACGCCUGUUUUCACUGCAGGACAUCUCUUGCUGAUUCCGAUGAUGCUGUUUCGGCCGUAGAAAUGACGUAUGCUAGCAGCAAAGUUUGGACUCAAAGUAGGUCACUCACACCCUCCGAGCUCUAUGCACAAGGAUGAUGGGUAGUCACUUCUGACAAACAUUCUUCUUUCUACCCUUAUUAACAUAAUGGGAGAAGAAGGAGGUAGGCACUUGGAUUCCUGUUAGUUUUGGAAUAUUUGCCAAACACAUGCUUGAUCUGGGAUAUUAGGAGAUUCCUUCCUUUCGGUUUAUUGUAUUAAAUUUCCUUGCACAUGUGUAAAUACUGUACAGGAUCAACAGGUGAUGAGUAAUGUUGAUGUAGAUAUGACCAAGUAGGCUCUGUUUUCAAGAGUCUGAUGGAUUGAUGUGUAAAUUGCUGCGAUGGCUUCGGUUUUGCUUAAUCUCUCAUAUUUCCUUCAGUCAAAGAAAAUAUGUGAUAUUCUUGCUGGAUAAUACAGUGUGUGUAAUAGUGAUAAUUGUAUGUUUGUUAUUGGCCCGUUUGUGUUUUCUGUGAACAAAAAGCUGGUGUAUAGCACGGUUCAAGUCAGCUGUCCCGUCUCUAGAACUGGGAAGUUCUGGAGACAGAUCUUUGGGAUUUUUCAUUAAAAUAAAAGGAUCUUUCUACAUAGCACUUAUCCAGCACCUUCAAUCAAAAGCAAGUAAAGUGAACAGAAAAAGAAAAUAUGUACCACAAUCACCACUUUUCGAGAAUGUCCCUUUAGCUCCUUGAUUAAAAAUUGCAUUAAAUUUGACCUUUGAACAUUCUGCCUUUGUAAAACAUGCACAGACUAGUAAUCUCAACUUGUUUUAGAUCUUGGGGAGGAAAAAAACAAAUGAACUAAUUCCGACGUGAGGAGAAACAUAUGGAAUUCUGCACUGUAAUUAUCACAAAUAAUAUCCUUUUGUACCUCUUUUGACUCGUUUUAUAAUGGCUGGAAUUCUUUGAGAAAUUCAGAAAUAAAAAAAAGUCAGAUUCCAACUUUCCGGUGUGACGGAAACAACACGGGUGCCUUUCUUGGUUUUUAAGGGAUAUUGCUUUUUUUUCUGUCCUAACUGGACGUCUUCCUUUUCAACCUGUAUGUUUCUCUUUCACAACCUAACCAUUUUUUUGUGCUUGCUACAAAGUUUCGAUACGGCUAACUGGAAACAGCCAGUAUUUUUUACCACAGUUUGAAUGUCAUUGCCACUGGAAGGAAUUAAAAAAAAAAUUCUUGUUGGGAUCUUGAUUCCUCUCUGUCGGAUGCAACAGUUAAUCAAGCUUUUUUGAAAUGCAGACUCAUUGUGUAUUGAGUCUUGUGCUGAUAUUUGUUUUAAAAAUAUAAGUCACAAGGUCAUUCCAAUGUUUUUCCUUCCUCUUGAUCUGACCAAAUUUGCAUUAAUUACAACCAUUUUAUUUAAAUAUAUUUUAGUAUGUAAUGCAAAUACAGAAUGUUCUGCUGUUAAAUUAUAUAGUUUUGAGACAUGCCUGUAUUUUUUCUUCUGCAAAAUAAAAAGGCUCAACCUGGUCACUGAGUGGUCACUGAGUGGUCGCUGUAUUCCU